AUGGGAGGUGGAAGCCAAUUUCCCUCGGAUGGAGGCUCUCAUGGAAGCCCCACAACAUCCUCAGUCCCAGGACAGAAUGACUAUCUACACGCGGUGGUCGAUAUGGGCAGUAAUGGUAUCCGAUGCUCGAUUUCCGAGCUCACCUCCCCAACUACUCGCAUCAUCCCUACAGUCCACUUCCAUCGCGUCAAUGUCUCCCUCUACGAGGCACAAACCGAUCCCGCGACCGGUACUCGCAUCCCUAUUUCUCAACAUGUGAUCGACCGAGUGGUCAGCGCUAUCGUGCGGUUUCAAAUCAUCUGCGUGGAGCUUGGAGUACCAGCUUCUAACAUUCGCAUUAUCGCGACCGAAGCAACCCGGACAGCAAUCAAUUCCGCUGCGUUCACCGACGCGAUUUACAAGGAAACGGGGAUUGAGGUCGAGCUUCUACGGAAGGAGGAUGAGGGGAUCAUCGGCGCAUGGGGUAUUGCUAGCAGCUUUUCCGACGUGGAAGGGCUGGCUCUGGAUCUUGGGGGUGGAAGUAUGCAGAUGACUUGGAUUAUCUCGCAUGCGGGCAACGUGCGCAUCAGCCCCCAAGGCGCAGUGAGCUUCCCCUACGGAGCUGCCGCACUAACCCAGAAACUGGCCGACUUGAAGCGAGGGAAAAGCGAUGACGAUGCUGAAAAGGCAAAGGAAGAGUUCCGCCGCGAGAUGGCGAACAACUUCCGCGCUGCAUUUGAUCGCCUCGAAAUUCCGGAGAGCCUCCUAAAGAAGGCACGCGAGCAGGGUGGAUUCCCCUUGUACUUGUCUGGCGGAGGGUUUCGUGGCUGGGGCUAUCUCUUGCUUUACUUGCAUCAAACCCGCGGCCAGAAUUAUCCCAUUUCCAUCAUCAACGGAUACACUGCGCCCAAGGCGGAUUUCGAAAACACCGAUGCCCUCAAGGAAGUGGCUCGUACAGCAGACGAGAUCUUCCGCGUUUCUGAUCGGCGCCGUAAGCAGGUUCCGUCUGUCGCGUUCCUGGUCAAAACACUUGCCGAAUCUUUGCCGCAUGGGAUCAAGGAGGCGCAUUUCUGUCAAGGAGGUGUGCGAGAGGGUGUUUUGUUCCGAGAAAUGCUACCAGUGGUCCGUCAACAAGAUCCCUUAGAGGUUGCGACCGCUCGAUACGCGCCUUCGUCGGCUCAGGCAAUCGCCGCAUUGAUGCUGGCUGCUCUACCCCGACCGAAGGAUUCGCAUUCAGUUCCAUCCACAAUCAGCGUGCACGUGGUCCAGGCAUUUGCCAAUGCCCUCUACGUGCAUGCCUCGAUGGCCAAGGAACUCUCCUCCAGUGCAGCUCUGUAUAGUACAAGCACUGGCAUCCUCGCCUCGACUCAUGGUAUCCCUCAUUCUCAACGGGCUCUGCUAGCGCUGAUGCUCCAGGAGCGGUACGGUGGAGAACUCCCACCACGCGAUGUGGACCUCAAAUCCCAUCUCCAGGGGCUUCUCACUCCAGAGGAAGUCUGGUGGACUCGCUACCUUGGCAAAUUCGGCCUAAUUCUUGGCCAACUCUAUCUAACCGGUUCGAUUGAUACUUCCAAGCCCCGUAUUGUCCCCUCUGCCGAAUGGGUGACGGAACUGGGCAAGAAAGGGAAAAAGGAUGGGAUUGAGUUGAAAAUUGCCAUUCAAAAAGUUGCAUACGAUCCGACCCAUUUGAAGGGGGAAUUGGAGCACGAUUUGCGGAAGCUCGAGAAGGUAGGAAAACGCAAGAAUUGGAUUGGGGGGAGACAUGGCUGGGGAAUGAAAAUUCUGGUGUCUGUGGAAGAGGAGGAUCUUCUGGUCGUUUAG